UCUCACAGGGCCGCUGGUUUUGGAGAAAAUAAAACCAGUGCAGUAUAGUUCACCAAGGACAGCAGACGUCACACUCCAGCACCAUGUAGCCAGUUUGGUACCUGGCUCCUAAACUACAAGCAAUUGCAAAGAAAAACACCACAUCGACGACACCAUCAACUUCCGACCUUCGCCAAAUUUUAAACACAUGAAAAAAUAUCUUAAGUCCAAAUUUGAAGAAGAUCAAAUUCAAAUAUCCGAAGCGAACGAAAAAAAAAGAACUUCCGUGGUGCAACCGCCGCUGCCUCCGGACUCGCCUCCCGCGUGCCCGCUCACGCUGAAGCGGGACGAGGAGUACGAGCGCGCCGGCGCGCCGCAAGCCCGCCGCCGCCAUGUGCAAGGACUGGGUGCGCGGCACGUGCGCGCGCGGCGCCGCCUGCAUCUACGCGCACGAGCUCGACAAGGACCAGCUCAAGGGCGUGUACCGCUUCUGCCGCGACUUCGAGAACGACCGCUGCGAGCGCCAGGUGUGCUACUUCGUGCACGCCACCACCUUCGAGAAGGAGCACUUCUUCCGCACCGCCUUCCUGCCGCCGCACGCGCUGCACCACCUCAAGACCGCCGUGAUUGGUCUGUGUAUCGUAAGUUUUUCCAUUAUUGUGGGCCUUUUUCUUUUAAGCAAAACAAGGCAGGUAUUUGACCGCAAUCACACCUGAUGUUAAGUGAGAUGCAGUCUACGACGGUGUACCUACCUACAUACCUGCCCUGUGUAUAUUUAUUUGUAGUUCCUAGCAUUAGGGAUAUGAUGAGACAAUGUUAAACUUCUUUUCAAUUAUUGUAAAUGUGUUCUUAGAUACGUUAUUAUACAGAGUGAUUUUGCAAUCAGUAUCCAAAUUUUUAGGAGCUACUCAGGGUCAGUAACUUAAUCAAUUUACGUAAAGAAAACAAUAAGUUUUUUUCAUAUUUAAUUAUUUUUAUCCGCUGCGUGCGGUUUCAAAAUUGGUUCAAAUGGAUAUUAUUUGCUUCGUUCAUAGAAAAAUAGGUUAACUGCAAACCUUAAGUGGUACGCGAAAAUAAGCCUAAACAUUUAAAAAUUAAGAUUUUUCGCAAAAAAUACCGCGAUUAAAAAAAUCAAGAUAAAGUUGUAUUGUAAAAUUGUUCUAUAGAGCUUCAUAUUUUAAAAAAAUUGGACACCGAUAACAAAAUCACCCUGUAUUAAUAACCAUGUGUUGGACAAGCAAGGUGAAUUUUCAGGUGUUUACGGUUACAUAAGAAAAAUGCUUAAAAUAUUUACAUAUCUCACAAAAAAAAAAAAAAAAG